AUGAAGUCUCUGGACCUAUACAAAAACGAGUUUGAAAGUUAUAACCAGUCUGACUUUAGCGGCCUCUUCAACAUCCAGAAUUUAUCACUGGCUUAUAACUCCAUCCGCGUAGUAACUCUGGCGUACGCCCCAUCGUUACUCAACUUGAAUCUCAAAGACAACUAUAUUUCCAGGUUUCCCAAUUUUUGUUGGACGAAUGGGUCCUAUUUCCCGAGCCUUGAAUCUCUGAAGCUGGACCAUAAUGACUUUUACACGCCAAUUGAGGGUCGUUACAUUCAGUGCUUAAAGAAUUUGUCAGUUUUCACCAUUAACAGCAAUGUUCAGAUUCCGGAGAUAAAGUCAAAUUCAUUCUCGGAAAUGCCCUCGCUAACUAACGUAAUCCUCAAGAAUGUAGGAGGUGGCACCCUUUAUAUAGACCAGUAUGCUUUCAACAACAGUAAAAUAGAAUACAUCUCUUUGGAAUCAAGUCAUAUAAACUUCACGACUCAUGUGCACAAAGACGCAUUCAAAGGAUGCCCCAAUCUACAGUCAGUUGAUGUUUCUUAUAAUAAACUCUCACACACAUCCGAUCAGGAACUAAACGACUGGUUUGGACACUUAACAUCUUUAACAGGAAUUGGUCUUGGGAGCUGUGGAUUGUUACAUUUUCCAAAGUUUAUUUCAGUUUCCUUGCACAACUUGCAAUACCUGAAACUGUAUGAGAAUGGCUUUGACGAGUUACCCGUUGGUAGCCUGACACCUUUGAAGAAUCUUACCCAUAUCUGGGUAGCAAAAAACCGAUUAGCCAGAAUAGAUGAACGCGUAUUCACCUCCGAAGUCCGACAAAAGCUUGAGAUUGCUGAUUUUAUGAGCAACCCUUUUGCAUGUAACUGUGAACUCCUCUGGUUCCUGAACUGGAUAAAGUCGGAUCGUAAGAAGUUCAAAGACUAUCCGAAGAACUACGUGUGUUCCAGUCCUGGGGAAAUGAGAGGCAGAGUACUCUCCAAAGUAAAUAUGCCUGAACAGUCUUGCCUCCUCCCUUUCCCGGCUAUCUUUGUCUUAAUUGGUUUCUGUGGGAUAUGCUUCUUUGUCCUCAUCUCGGGGUCUGUUGCAUACAGGUAUCGAUGGCACAUUCGGCAUUAUAUGUACCAGAGAAGAUACCAGACGGGGGAAUUCCAGCGACUUGACAACGUAGAGAUUAUAUAUGAUGCUUAUGUAAUAUAUAGUUUGGAAGACAUCAGAUGGAUAAAGAACGAACUCAUUCCAAAAGCCGAGGAAACUCAUGGAUCCAAACUGUACAUUCGUGACCGAGACUCUUUGGCUGGUCUCCCUAUUGUCGAUAAUGUUGUUAAUAAUCUGAAUGUAAGUAAAACCAUCCUGAUUCUUCUGUCUAACGCCAUGGCCCGAGAUGAACAGUGUCAGUUCGAGCUGAUGUUUGUCCAGAGACACCUGGAAGGGGAGAGGAAUCCCAUCAUCCUGGUGCUGCUGGAGGAGGUUCAGGUGGCCCACCUGACUCAGUCAGUGUACGCCCUGGUCAGAAUGCAUCCCUUUAUCCCCUGGGGAGACGAGGAGGAUGCCAGAAGAUUAUUUUGGGAUCGCUUAUUUUUAUCACUUAAUCCUGAGCACGGAGUGAGGACAGAUGUCGUUGAUGGUUAAGUUGUUGACUGUGACACA